AUGGACGAUGCGCCGAUUCUGGAACGUGCCGCGCUCUCGCUUGCGGGCCAUGCGCUCCCAUCCACGCGUGCACUGGCCAAGACACUUGCACAGUUUGCCGUGCUGCACAAACUAGAUGUAGCUAACAUGCAGUCUUCGCCCGAUGCGCCGCAGGGCCUGCAGAACUUGCAGUGGCUUGUCCGUGCAUGUGCGCUGAGCAACAAGCACGCCAAGACCAGCGGCGACAGACCACUUGCAGCGCGGCUUACAUGGCUCAAUCUUGCUCACAACACUGCGUUUGGCACUGACGUGGACGCUACAGAAGGCCUCGACUUGCUCACGGCGCUGCACGUCCUCAACAUUUCCCACUGCGCCUUGCGUACGUGGCCGGCCGGCAUUGCGGCCAUGGCAUCCCUGAAAGCGCUUGUUUUAUCGCACAAUGCCCUGCAAGCGCUACCGCCCGUAUUUCCCCACCUCGCCGAACUCAAUACCCUGGUCCUCUCCAACAAUCAGCUCCGUGCCCUUCCGCCAAGCUUGCCGGCAUCACUACCUGCGCUGAAGAAGGUAAGCAUCAGCCACAAUGCACUGGAGGAUGGAAGUGCACUCCCUGAUUUCAGCGUGUGCCGGCACUUGCGCGAAGUGCGCAUGGCAGGCAAUAGCAAGCUUGGCAGCGUGCCGCGGCAUAUCCUGCGCUGGGGCCGUGGCAUAGACGGCCGCGGCCCUGGGCUAGCGCUACUUGACGUGGGCGAUUGCGGCCUGGCGACGUGGCAGAGCAUUGCGCCGCUGCUUGUGCCGGAUGCCGACGUGAAAGGGCUAACAAACCUUUGUCUUCAAGGGAAUCGCGUCGCGCUACAGGAGGGGUACAAAGAAAAGAUGCGCGCAGCGCAUCCACGUCUACAUAUCCUGGACAAUGCGCGUCUCGAGAUGAAGCAGGAGCAUCGAAGCGCGCCGCCAAAGGACACGGGCACGCCGCCAAAGGACACGGGCACGCCGCCAAAGGACACGGGCAUGCCGCCCGCCGCGACCAGUGCGCAGAAACGCGCGCUGGACGUGCAGCGCGACGAUCCGAAAAAAGUACGCAAGCGGUCUGGCCGCGGCGCCAAAAAGCCACGCAGCGAGGAAGAGACACAUGCGCGGGCCACGCCGCGUAUGGACGCCGAUGCCAACACACGCGCGAAAAAGACGCGGCGCAAAAAGAAGGGCGCGCAUGCCGUUGAGCUGGAUAUGCAGACGGAUGUGCCGCAGGCGCCGCAGCGUGCCGCGCGAGCCCCUCCCAGUCCCAGUGCAGAAACAGGGCAUGCAACGGGCAUUGUAGACGUGAUCGAUAUCCGCCGUGCGGAGCAGAAAGCGCCGCUCGAUUUUCUUGCGAAGCGCGAUACCGAGUUGGGCGGCUGGUAG